AUGAUCAAAUUGAUAAAUGCUCAUGACAUGCUGACAGUCAACUACUCCCUGUUCCAGUUGAAGGGUCGCAUGGAUCCAUUUUGUGGCUGCUCCAAGGUUGGUGUCUUUCGUUUGAACGCCGAUUGUUCCCAUCGAAUGGAGUGGGUUAUGUGUCACGGUCGAUUCAAAGUUUUCGUACCACUCCUCAGCGGUUUGAAUGAUAUCACACUUAAGUGUACACAUUUCGAAGCUGAACUACGUAUCGUCUACCGUGUACCCGUAUCUGAAACUGGAUACUGUGUAAAACCGGUUUAUGUGAUUUGUUCCGACGGACCGGAACAAUUCGAAGUUCCCAAUACGACCACGACUGAAUGUGGUCCCCAAUCGGCCGGGAAACGAAUCUCUCUCGCCAUGUGUUUACUUCAGUCACUGAUGGCAGAAAGUCUACUUGCUGAGUUGGGCCAACGGCAUACGUUUCUAAUUGACUAUGGUGUGUUGAAUGGGGAAGCANGCCCCAUGCAUGAUUCACCGGAGCAGCAUGUCUCGGACGGAAGUGUACGCGAGUGA